AUUUGUUCUCUUCUCUAAUUUUCCCCUCACUCGCUUUCAUCCCCAGCUAACUCAUCACAAACCCCUUCUCUCUCUUUUUCUCUUCACUUUUCUCUAGCUAUACUUUUCAAAGGCAAGCUCGUAUUGCGCUAUGGAGGGAAGGUUUAGAAGAGGCAGUUCUUUCAGGACCGAGCUCGAAGAUGACGGAAUUAGCCAAACCCCCGAGCCCGAAAAUCUCACUGAAUCGCCGCGGUCAAGUGGUGCCUUUGGUGAUGUGAUGAGGCUGCCCUCGACAUCAUCUCCUAAGAGAAGUAGAAGAUCGAUACAGAAGAGAGUGAUCUCGAUUCCGAUCAAGGAGCCAGAAGGUUCGAGGCUCAAGGGCGAAGGAGCACCCCCGUCCGAUUCCUGGGCUUGGCGGAAGUACGGCCAGAAACCCAUCAAAGGGUCUCCAUAUCCAAGGGGAUAUUAUAGAUGUAGUAGUUCGAAGGGCUGCCCGGCUCGGAAACAAGUCGAGAGAAGCCGGGACGACCCGACCAUGCUAAUCAUCACCUACUCCUGCGAGCACAAUCACCCGUGGCCAGCCCCGAGAAACGGCCACCACCACCACAACCAUCACAAUGUUGCCGCUGCCAACGCUGCCAUGGAUGAUGCUCCAAAUAAACCUGAGGCAGAUGUUAGUUCUCCGGAUCCGGAACCGGAACAGGAUCAUGAACCCGAGGCCGAGCCCGAUCCAGCAAAGAACAAGUUCACCGACAUAAAGGAGGAAUCGCCCGAUCUGAUGCUAAUCAAUGAUGAGUUCGGGUGGUUCACGGGCAUGGAGACGACCACGUCCUCACUCUUGGAGACCCCGUUCUUCGACAGCAAGGCUGUAGGGGUGGACGCGGACAUGGCGAUGUUCUUUCCGAUGAGGGAGGAGGACGAAUCGCUGUACGCCGAUCUGGGCGAGCUGCCGGAGUGCUCGGUGGUUUUUAGGCACAGGGAUGUGGGGACAGAGGUCCAAAUCUGCUGACACGUUUUUCUCACUUCCCUAAUUGCCCUUUUUCUUGUUUAUUACGAAUUUCUAUAUUUUUUAAUUCAGAGAAACGGGAGAAGAGUUCGAUUGAUUUGAACGGCCGGCGGGCAGAGGGCCGUUAAAUCUGGAAAAAGAAAAUCUCCAGAGUUUCUUUUCUUUUUUUUUUUUUCAAUUUUCCAAACCCAAUUAUUUUUUUUGGGCCUUGAUUUCAGUGUAAUUAUAUGGGAAUAAUUUAAUAUCGCAAAUUAUUCUGGCUA